UCUCCUAGACUUCGCAUAAUAAUCUCUAGAUAGGUUCCCUUCUAGAUCGAGCUUAAUUUGCCUUUAAUAACUUUAAGGAAAACUAAUAGCUGCUUUUUUUUGGGGUUCCCAAGGAGCUGUGGGGUUCAAUUGAAUCCCAUGUAUUUGUAUUCCGAAUCCAACAAGAUCGCCGUUUUUGAAUGUCCGAAUCGGUUAAGGCCUGCGAGCUCUCUCUCUCUCGAUAAAAAAAUAGAUGCGUACUUGCUUGAUGCUGCACGUAUGCAGUAAUCAAAUCAACAUGGCGUCUUCCCCGCCAAAACCCAAGCGUUUACGGCGGUCACCGUCGUACGGCCAGCCGCGCCUGGACGGCGAUCUGCUCGUCGACGAGGUCCUGACGCGCCUCCCUAUCGCCGCCGCCGUCCGCCUCCGCGCCGUCUGCCGGGAGUGGAACGCCGCCCUCACCUCCGACCACUUCGUCCGGGCGCACAGCGCCAGAGCCGCCGCCGCCGCGCGCCAGCCGGAGCUGCUCUUCUUCGCUCCAGGCGCCGGCAAAGGCAUCUCCACCUCCUUCUACGCCUGCUCGCUUCGCGACGGGGAGGCGCCGACCGCCGCCCGCGAGCUCCUCACCAUCGACUACAUCAGCGCAAACCGCACCGUGAUGUCGCCGACGCCGUGCAGAGGCCUCACGCUCAUCUUCAACACCCGUGCGCCGGAGUACUACCUCCUCAACCUGUCCACCGGCGAUCACGUCGUUCUCCCGCCAUGCCAGCGGGCCGAAGUUUUAGACGGGCUGCUGUUGAGGUUGCCCUGCGGCCGCACGUCUUAUUUCCCGGCGCGGCCGCCCUGGUCCCCCUUCGAGCUCUCCACCACCGGACUUGGCUUCGACACGGCGACCGGCGAGCACAAGGUGGUCAGGCUCUUCAAGAAACGCAACUGGGAUCACACCUGCGAGGUGUAUACCCCGGGGAGGGCGCCGGGCGGGUGGCGCCCCUGCGUCGGGCGAGUGCCGGCGUGCGCGGCCAACUUCGUCCCGGCGUUGCCUCCGGUGUUCGUCGACGGGUACCUCUACUGGCUGCUCCAGCCAGCCGGCCGCCGCGAAGAGCCGACUCAUCGCAUACUGUCCUUCUCCGUCGGCGCCGAGCAGUUCGGGUGGGUGCACGUGCCGACGGGGCUGUCUACCAUGAUGUGCCACCUCGCCAACCUCGACGGCUUGCUGUGCGCCGUCGUUGACAACCGCCUCUUCGGCGACGUCUACGCGCUCUUCACAUGGAGCGGCCGCUCGUCGGCGUCGGCGUCGUGGUCGGUGCGCUGCUCCAUCAACCUGCGGAGCCUGCCCCAGCAGGUGAGCGACGAGCUCGGGGAGGAGCGCGUCGUCGUCCCGCUGUGCAGCGCCGCCGGAGGCAAGGUCCUGCUCGCCACGGGGCGGCACAAGGUGUUCGCCUACGACGCCGAGAGCAACACCGUCGAGCGCGUGUUCCGCAUGCAGGAGUUCGUCGACGUGCCGGACGACGCCCUCACGGCUCGCCUGCUGCUCGGCGUCGGCCUCCACGAGGAACGUAUCGCCGACGUUCGCCAUGGCGCCGGCGGCGAGAGGAGGCUGGACGUAAAGCUUGGUCGAUGCGACAACGUGGUCGCCAAGCGAGAGGUGCCCGCUGACAUCAAGUACGACGACGACGGCAAGAUGACGGUCUUCUUCAAGCAUUUAGCCGAGCUGGGACCGCCUCACUUAAAUAUGUAAAUAAAUGUGGCUUUAUUAUUCAUGUUUCUGUAUUUAGAAUGAAAAAUAGAAAUACAUAGACACAUCCCAUAUUUUCAACCUUUAUC